CCAAGGCUGCUUCGCUUCUUCGUAUUGAAUCAAUUUGUCAAUGGGAAAACGAGACCGUACCAUUCUCUCACGAGGUCCACGUUAACAUUUUUAGAAUUUGUUUCGAUCGCCUGCCUCAUAACUUGCAUCUUUUUCUCUGCAACUGGAGAGCUUUAGCGUGAGCUGUAAAAGAGCAAUGUAUAGGUAGCAUAAUAGAAGCAGCCGGGAGCCAGAGACGCAGGUCGGGUAGGAGGCGCGGGGCAUGCGCAGGGCGGGCGCGCGAUGGCCAAUGACGUCAGGGGAUCGAUCGGGUGGCGGCGCAGCCAGGCCCGGCCGCUGUCAGUCGGGCGCACGUGCCUCCGUGACUUAUGUAACGCGGCUCGGGACGUAGGCGGCUGGCACCUCAUGUGCGGGCUAAGCUUCAGGACCAGGAACAGCCCUUCGCAGAAGACGUCACUCCGAUGGGGCGACAGCUGCGCGUUUAGCGCUGCCCGUCCGCUCCCCUCGAGCGCAUAGAGUGCAUAUGACCAGUGCUCGUGAGAUUUGAAUGAGAGUGUUUUGGGGAACCUAUGACCUGAAGUGUACCGUGCUGUGAGGUGCUGAGCUCGCGGACCCCGCAGCCUGAGAACCAGAGGAACUUUUACCAAAAGAGCAGGGCGCACACAAAGCAAUCAAGAUGAUCAACAUCGCGGGGGUGAUCUCCAUCAUCCUGUUCUACGUGCUGAUCUUAGCGGUGGGCAUAUGGGCGGGCCGCAAGAAGCCACCGGGCAACGACUCCGAGGAGGAGGUUAUGCUGGCCGGCAGAUCCAUCGGUCUUUUCGUCGGUAUAUUCACCAUGACCGCGACGUGGGUGGGCGGCGGAUACAUCAACGGCACGGCGGAGGCCAUCUACACCUCGGGGCUGGUUUGGUGCCAGGCGCCCUUCGGAUACGCUCUCUCACUCGUCUUCGGGGGCAUAUUCUUCGCGAACCCGAUGCGCAAGCAGGGCUAUGUGACGAUGCUGGACCCCCUGCAGGACUCUUUCGGCAGCCGUAUGGGAGGCCUGCUCUUCCUACCAGCGCUCUGCGGGGAGGUCUUCUGGGCGGCCGGCAUCCUGGCGGCGCUCGGCGCGACUUUGGCCGUGAUUAUCGACAUGGACCACCGCACAUCGGUGAUCUUCAGCGCGUGCGUGGCGGUCUUCUACACGUUGUUCGGCGGGCUGUACUCGGUGGCCUACACCGAUGUCAUCCAGCUGUUCUGCAUUUUCAUUGGGCUGUGGAUGUGCAUCCCGUUCGCGUGGGCUAACGAUCACGUCAAGCCACUCGGCUCCAUGGAGAUCGACUGGAUCGGCAGCAUCGACCCCAACUACUACUGGUUCUAUGCCGACUAUGGACUCCUGCUCAUCUUUGGAGGAAUACCGUGGCAGGUGUACUUCCAACGUGUGCUAAGCAGCAAGACGGCGGGACGCGCGCAGAUCCUCUCCUACGUGGCGGCCGUCGGAUGCAUCUUUAUGGCCAUCCCACCCGUACUCAUCGGUGCCAUCGCCAAAGCCACCGCAUGGAACGAGACGAACUUCCACGGCGAGCUGACCCCGGAGGGCGAGCUAACGUCGGACCAGACGUCGAUGAUCCUACCGCUAGUGCUGCAGCACCUGACGCCGGACUUCGUCAGCUUUUUCGGGCUGGGCGCCGUCUCCGCCGCUGUCAUGUCCUCCGCCGACUCCAGCGUGCUCAGCGCCUCUUCCAUGUUUGCCAGGAACGUGUACAAGUUGAUCUUCAGACAGAACGCAUCGGAGAUGGAGAUCAUCUGGGUGAUGCGCGUUUCCAUCUUGAUUGUUGGCGUACUGUCAACUGUGAUGGCGCUCACCAUUCCUUCUAUAUACGGCUUGUGGUCGAUGUGUUCGGACUUGGUGUACGUGAUACUGUUCCCGCAGCUGCUGAUGGUGGUGCAUUUCAAACGGCACUGUAACACUUAUGGCUCUCUGGCGGCUUACAUUGUGGCGCUGCUGGUGCGUCUGUCGGGCGGUGAGAAGCUGCUCGGCCUGCCCGCCCUCAUCCAUUACCCUGGUUGGGACCCCGACAACGAGGUGCAGCUCUUUCCCUUCCGCACCAUGGCCAUGGUACUUUCGCUCUUCACGCUCGCGUUCAUCUCCUGGCUGUCAGUAUUCCUAUUCAACGGCGGCUACCUGAGUCCGGAGUCUGACUACUUCAACUGCGUGGUUAACAUCCCUGAGGACAUCCGGCGCGUAGACGAGCCCUCGGAGGCUGGCGAGCAGAUGUCGGUACUAGGUGGCGUGCCGGGUCGGCUGUACGGCGCCGCAUCCACGCUGGUCGGGCCCGACGAGCGCUCUGGUCGCGUUAACCCUGCCCUCGAACCCGACGACGACCUGGACGACCCCAACGACGGCCCCACUCCCCUCUUCGGCAACAGCAGCGCCCCCCCGCCCGUCCAGCCCUUCGGUAAACAGACGGCCUUCUGAGACGACCGCCGCAUCUAUUACUACGAAUAGACUACACGGCGAAGACUCUCCCCGCUCUGUCUAUUUGCACUCCAGUAGGCGCACCGACAAACAGUAUAUUUUUAAACGGUCAUAUUGUUUAUGUACGCGAAGCCCAGGACCUCAAUGUACGUAAGUAGUACCUGCUAACGUUGGUGUCGAUGUCGCUGCUCAAACUUACAAAUGUAUCUUUCAUAUCUUCCAAAAGGCGAUCUUUUCGUGUGCUAAAGUUAUAAAUCAAAACUAAAUAAACCAAAAUGGUUGUUUCUAAACAUAUCAUAUAUCUCUAACGAACUGUAGGCAGUAAAAUGAUGGAGCAAUAGAUGUAUUAAUAAUGAAUGUGUUAUAUUUGU